AUGGCUCGCUACACUUCUUUGGUGCGACUGGCCAUGAUGGCUAUAAUGGCUAUCCUGUUGGGCCUUGUAUCUGCUCGCCCAGCAGCCCCAUCGGAGCGUCAUUACUCUCGUGGAAUUAUUCCUCAGUCUCCGAGUACAGAUCCUUUCUAUCAGCCUCCAGCUGGCUAUGAGAAUGAGGAUCCAGGGACAAUUCUGCGCCAACGCAAAAUCGCUGUCGCCUUUCUAGGCUUGAUCCCAGACCCAGUCGAAGCCUAUCAGUUACUAUAUCGCACCACCUCUAUUAAUGGUUCUGCUAUUGCGACAGUGACCACCGUCUUCAAGCCAGUCAACCCCAAGACAGACAGAUUUGUAUCAUUCGCUACAGCCUACGAUAGCUCUGCCUCAAUUUGUGACCCCAGUUACAACUAUCGACUUUUCGCAGCCCAAACAGAUAUUAUCUCCUCCGCUGAACAAUUAGUUCUUCAAGCCUACCUGCUUUUGGGCUACAUUGUGGCAUCUCCUGACUACGAAGGCCCCGACACAGCCUUUGGUGCAGGUCGCCUAGCAGGAAUGGGUGUUUUGGAUAACAUGCGAGCCGUCAGCAACUUCAAAGACCUGGGCCUUUCAACUGCCACGCCUAUGAUUGUCGGUACUGGAUACUCUGGUGGUGCUAUCGCUACUGGAUGGGCAGCUUCCCUGCAGCCCAGCUAUGCGCCCGAGUUGGACAUCAAGGGUUGGGCACAGGGAGGCACUCCUGCCAAUCUUACUGGUACUUUCGUGUUCAUCGAUGAUACACUUUUCAGUGGAUUCCUUCCCACUGCCGUGGUUGGAUUAUCGACGCCAAGUGCCUAUGGUGCUGAGUUGACUCCUCUUCUAAACAAGAUCAUCACAUCAAAGGGUCAAUCCGUUCUUCAAUCUGCUCGAACCAACUGUGCUGUCGGAGACAUAAUUAACUUCGCUGAGCAAUCUCUGCUCUCUACUACCAUACAAACUUUGGGAGACGGUUUACUCUAUGAUCCCACUGUUAAGUCUGUUCUUGACAAGAACAUCAUGGGCCUGGAAAAGAGCGAGACUCCAACUGCACCCGUCUUCGUCUACCAUGCAACACAGGACGAGAUUAUUCCUUACGCUAAUGCUUCAACUCUGGUUGACUCGUGGUGCAGCAAGGGUGCCAACGUUAAAUUCACCACAUUUUCCAAUGGUGGCCAUGCUACAACUGAAGUUGUUGGACUCCCUGAUACCGUCAACUUUGUACAGUCUGCAUUUGCUGGGACUACGGAAAGUGGUUGCAGCACUAGCACUGAGCUAAAUAGCACCCUGAACCCAAUUGCUCUUGGUGUGGAGCUUGAGCCUAUCCUGGUGAAGCUGAUUGAGGUCAUUGCCAUUUUGGGAAAGAGUGACUCUAAUGUCAAGCAGAAUCUUAAUGUGUUGAAGGACGUGGUUAAGUGGUAG